AUGAUUAGUAGUAAUGUUGAUAAUGAGGAUUAUGUUGAUCAACUGAGCCGAGUUGUGCCAUGGCAUCGAGCAUUUACAUUCUAUGAACGAACAUUGAUUGUUGUUCUUGUUGUUACAUUCCUAUCUUUUGUUGGUUGUAUACUGCUAUAUCUUAUACAUUGGCGGUCUCGUUUACGACGACAGUAUGGCUCAAAGACAAAAUUCAGCAAUGGGCCAUGCAUGGAGAAGACAUUAGUAUUCUCUGAAUUGCCAAGUUACGAAUCUGCUGUUCGAACUAGUAAUGUCAUUGCUUCGAAUAAACCAACAAAACGUCAACUCUCAAGAUCAAGCAGACAAUCAUCGUAUGGAACUGCAUCGGAAAGUGAAAGUGUUCAGACACAUCAUGACGGUCCUUUAUUUACGAAUGGUACGCAAUCAUCAAAUGGUUAUUUAUGUCCCCCAUUUGCAAAGAUCCAUACUGAGCUAAAGUUUGAUCCUAUGAAAAAUGUGCUAAUGGUUCAUGUGAUCAAUGGUGAGAAUAUCUGUGCGCAUCCGGCAUUCGAUGAGCAAGCUGAAUAUUUUAUUCAUGUCCAAUUACUAAACAAUAAACUAUUGAGAAAGUUUUAUGCGAUACAAAGUAAACAUCGUUCAAAUUUACAAUUGAAUACGUGGAAAAAUCAACAAGAAAAAACGACUAGAAAAUUACCGCGGACACCAGAUGAUAAAUUAACAUAUAAUGAAUAUUUAUCAUUUGAAUUCAACAAAGACAUUGCAAAAUCAUCGUGCCUACGAUUUUUGCUUUUCUGUAUCGAUCGUUCUGGUGCCCAAGAUAUAAUGUUUGAAUCUGUCAUUGAUGUGAAUUCGUCGUUGACCGAACCACUUGAAAAACCUAUCGUAUUUAAAGAUCUUCCUCAGAUUACAUUUGGAGAAAUCUAUCUUGGUAUUAGUUACUUGCCAACAGCAGAGAGGUUCACAAUUAAAGUUGGUAAAUUACGUUAUCUGUUCAAAACAAACCAGGAUGAAAAGAUCGAUGCUCGUCUGAUGACCACGUUCUUUCAUCAGGGUCAUCGAUUUUUUCAUAAAAAGCUUUCUUCUCCAACAUUCAACGGAACAUCAGCUACAAACAAUAGUUUACACGAAAUCAAUGAAAUCAUCACCCAAAAUAUUCCUCAAAACGAUAUUCAAUCGAUUUAUGUACAUUUCGAACUUGUUAUACAUCAAUUGCAUAUGAAUAAGCAAUCGAUCAUAUCCUGUGGAACGUUUCUUUUUGGUGAAUUCACACGUUAUGAAUCUGUCUGGCAAAGAAUGCUUGAACAACCUCGACAAAUCCAUUUUGGAUGGUAUCAGUUUUUUGGAUGA